AUGAACCUCAACAAUUUUUAAACUUUCCAAAAUUUAACUGCUCUCAACAAUAAUAACUUUUACAAUGAAUAUUAACUGUAAAAACCCGAAGCAAACUAUCACGAAUUAAAGGUUAUAUAUGGUUCUUAGAGAAUUCAAAUGCUCUAUCUUCUUGAUGAGACUCUUUCUCAACUGUAUAACAAAUUGAGAAUGAUGUUUGAUAUAAAUCCCUAAUAUGAGAUUUUUUUGCAAGAACAAGACAAGGGAACUUUAGUAUACCAAACAAUUGAAUUUCAGACUGGAUCCUCUUACUAUUUAUGGAUAAAAGACGACGAGAAUUCAUUAAAGGGCAGAAAAUAAUAAACGGAUAAACUAUAACCAGACACUCUAGGAAUUGAAGAGGAAAUCAAAGAAGAUUAGCUUUCAAAAGAUGAUGGCUCACCUAUAAUGUAUUGCCCGUUUUACGAGUGUAAAAAGCCUUUUAGACAUUCAGGUAACUUAAAGACGCACAUUAGGUCUCACACCAAUGAAAGACCAUUUUAAUGCCAAUUCCCUCUUUGUGGUUUAUCUUUCAUCACCAAAGGUCACUUGAAGACUCACAUGAUCAAUCACAGUAAUGAGAAGCCUUUCAAAUGUCAUAUUUGCGGCAUUAGUUACUCUUAAAAAUCAAGACUUGAAAUCCACUUAAGAAAGCAUUUUGGCAUCAAACCAUUCACGUGCGAAAUCUGUGGAAAUCAUUUCACAGAGAAAGGAAACCUUAACGUUCACAUGAAAAGUCACAAAGGAAAAAGAGAUUAUGAAUGCGAAAUUUGUUGUCAGAAGUUUAUUACAAAAGGACACUUAGAAGAUCAUUUUAGGCGUCACAAAAAAGAUAGAAAAUUUAAAUGUGAAAUCUGUGGCUCUGAAUUUUACAGAUCGACUUAAUUAAAAAAUCAUUAGUUGAAUCAAAUGAGAUGCAUUAAGAAUAAGUAGCUUAAAGAAUACGAAGAGAACUACUUCUCAAUGCACAAGAAUAAAUUAUCAAACAUGUCACUAUUUCCAGUAAAUGAUGCAUAAAUCCUCCAAUUACCAUCAAUGAGCCAAAUAGCAGCUAAUCUUAACAUUAAAUCCUCAAACUCUAAUUCUGGAUGUUCAAAGAGUGGAAUGCUCCAAUAACAAAAUAAUGAUCAGUAAAUGUGCUAAUCUUAACAACAAGCAUAAUCGAGUAAUCUGAUUUAACAAAAAGUAAAUCAUCAAUCGUUACCCACGUUCUGCGGAAAUUUUUAAUCUUAAGAGCAUCACUAAUAAAUCAUUCAAAAACCUCAAGUGUUCCAACAUCAGUCUUCAUAGCUCUUGCAAUAAUAGCCAUAGAUUAUAUACACAUCUUAGCCUAAAGUAUAAUAAUAAAACAUAAAUCAAGCAGUAGUACAACAAUAAAAUCAAACAGUUUUUCAGUAAAAUUCCUAGCCAAAAGUAAUUAAGAUUAUUAGUCAGGCUUAAUAUUAAGAAUAAAACUCUCAGAAUUAGCAAUUUUAGCCUUUGAUAUAAAUUUAACCCUAAUGCAUUCAAUAAGCAAUCAGAGUCGAGUAACCAAAGUACUAUUAGAUUCAGCAGAGCACUAAUCAAAUAAAUUAACAAUUUUAGCAUCAAUAAAAUCAAUAAUUGUUAGUGCAAGCACCUUUAAUCCAUCAAAAUCAAGUAUAGUUUAUCUAGGUACCUCAAAACUGCUAAUUAAUAAGCAGUACCAAUCAUAACGAGUACCCUGCCUAACAGUAGCAGUUCAUCCAACGCAAAUAUCUAUGA